AUUUGUUGACAAUGCAUGAACAUUAGAUUGGAAAGAAUGUGGCUAGUGGGCGCAAUGGCAAUGCUUUGCGCAGUGUCUCUCGGUGCGGCGGAGUGGCGAUGUCCAGAGUUGAGCGCACGUCCGGCCGCCGAAUGCUCUUGCGACUUACCACACACGCUGCGUUGUGCCGGCGACCAUACUGCACUUCAGAUAAUUGGUCGUCAUCUACGCGAGCAGAAGGCGAGAAAUAAAAACAGCGCUGUAUCGCUUUUGGAUUGCGCACUACGAGGUGUUUCAGCGCUUUCGUCCGCGUCAAUCGCUGAGUUGGCGGGAGUCGGAUUACAUGGACUAGUCAUAUCUUCUGGAGAUAUCAGAAGAGUGCAGCAAGGUGCAUUUAACAGUGUCUCUGCCACUUUGAUGGCUUUGGGGUUGCCAAAUAACCAAUUACCGACCGUUCCAACGGAGGCGUUAAUACGUCUGUGGUACCUCGACCGGUUAGAUUUGUCUAAUAAUAAAAUACACGUAUUGGACUCCAAUUCAUUUAAGGGCAUACGUAAUUUAACAUACCUCGAUUUAAGCGAUAAUCAGUUGACGGCGAUAUCACCAGACGCCUUUAAACCUUUGGUGAAACUGGCUGUGUUGCGAUUACGUGGAAACGUGCUGAAAGUUCCCGCUUUAGCACCUUUGAAGGAAGCUCAUCAGCUGAGAGAUUUAGAUCUAUCAAGUAAUGCUUUAGAGGGUCCGUUAGGGCCCACGACAGUGCCCUCACUCAGCUAUUUAACGACUCUACAAUUAUCUGAUAACACAUUUGCAAGUAUACGGCGGGGAGCUUUAUCAGGUCUCAUGAAUCUUACACAAUUGAUUUUACACAACAAUCAAAUUGAUGUGUUGGAGGAUUACGCGUUUCGGCAUCUCACAAACUUAACACAUUUGGACUUGUCUCAUAAUGAAAUAGUUGCAGUUUCAGGUGCGUCUCUAGCGCAGUUGACGGAACUAUCCCACCUGGACUUGUCACAUAAUUUCCUCCGUUCCCUAUCUGCGGAGCCACUCAAAUCUCUCGGACAUCUCACAGAGCUGCUCCUCCACGAUAAUGACAUAUCGAUGAUCGAUGACGGCGCCCUGGCGCAGCACAAGGACCUCGGACGAUUCACUAUUGAAGAUAAUCCACUUAAUUGCGACUGCCUAAUGGCCGGUUUCGCUAGGUGGCUUCGGGACGCAAAAAAUCUCUCACAAUCGGACAAAUCGGCCGCGGUGUGCGCCACCCCGCCUCAUUUAGAAGGGGCUUUAUUGUCUCGACUAUCGAAAAACAAACUCUGCGACGACUUCGAACAUGCAGACAAGACUAAAGACGACAACGAUUAUAAUAAAGUUCUUACUAAUACAAUAGACGGCCAAGAGAAAUUUAUCGACGUCGAAACGCAAGAUGUCUAUGUGGAUAAACAAGAAGGCUUGGAUGAUGAUAUUUACGAUGAAGAACUGGAAAUACCAUCAGAAGAGGAUCUACCGACUUCGAAAUCCAAAGUCCGUCUAACAGACGCGUGGUUCGACGACGAAGUAGUCCAUUUAACCUGGUCAAUAGAUCCGCCGUCAACCAACCGGUACAGGUGUACCGGCGUCACCGUCUCUAGAGCUGGUGGUAUACCGAAACACGUGGCCUGCCACAGGGCUGCACCUGGCAACGUGCUGUUGAGAGGACUGAAGAUUGAUCCUAUUGAUAAAUACACGUUCUGUAUUGCACUUGAGGAAAUGGACAAUUCAGAUAUUCCCUUGUCCCUUGUGUUGGGCUGCGGCUCACCGCAGUUGGUUAGACAAAGGGCGACCUUCGCCACUGCAGCUCCUGUCAUCAUCACUUCUGCUCCAGAUAUUGAGGGAUUUCGGGUCACAGAAGUACGCUCCAAUGUAACCACUGAUGGUGUUUUGACGGUGUUGGUAUCAGUCAUGGGACUGCUUCCACGAUCCCAAUAUAUCAAACCGCGAUCCCAAAGGAUCUCUGAUGCACGAUAUCCCCUAACCAAUUGUUAUGUUGAAAUCGCAGUUCUAUCUCAAGGAUCUUUGGUUGCGCAAAAGGAUAUUCCUUGUAUAGCAACUUUACAAAUUACAAUGGAGGGUUUUAUGAGAGGACCUUACGAGGUCUGCGCAACCAAAGUAUUUACUAGGUGUCAACUGACCCGUGAACUGCUGAAAAAUAAUUACCCAAGGACGUUUCUUAGCAAUUGGGUGUGUCUAAUCGAGCAGCAGAGUGACAGAAACACAUCAGCAUUUGUUGUUAAAUCACCGAGAAGAAAAUAUUAUGGACUUUUUCAGAUAGGAAGUGAGUGGUGCAAGGAAGGUCGGAAAGGUGGCAAAUGCGACAUAUCGUGCGAAGCUCUUUUAGAUGAAGACAUAAAAGAUGAUGGUGAAUGCGCGUUAAAAGUAUUUGAGCAAGAAGGCUUCAAGUACUGGUCCAAGUGGGAAGCCAGAUGUAAGGGACAUACCUUACCUGAUAUCGAGAAAUGUCCAGAUUGGCAACAUCCACCGCAAAGUAGAAUGUCUCCACCGAGAGAUAAGAGGACAUUAAGAGGAAAGCGAUCGUACAGAAGAUUCCUAUACGACAGAUAUAGAUCAAACCCAAUCAUUUAAAUAACAAACGCAUUUAGUUCUAAGAGACAGUUUUUACAAGCUAAGAUUUCGAGAAGCGAUUUCUUAUUAGGCCUGUGUAAUUAAAUUAUAUGUCAGUUGAUUUGAAAAAAGAAAAUCAGAAAAUAUUACUAAAUUACAGUGAAAAUAUUGCAGAGAUGAAAAAAAUAAAUAAUAAACAUAGACAGGCAGAAUACCACGAAAUUUCUCACAGUGGAGUCUCUGAGUAUAUAUAGAUCUGGGGUUAGAGACGUUACUAUAAAUAAAUAUUUGUUGAUUUUUUAUUUAUUAAGUUGUUUUUUAGUCAACAAAUUAAAAAUAAAAACAAUUACGACAAUCUAUGUGAUGGUAACACUGUAACAUUCAUAAAAUCUUUAAGUAAUUCUACAUUUCUUUCUUUAUGACACAGAAUUAUUAUAUACGUUCUGUGGUUCUUCGGAAUGUACAAAUGGCUAAAUAUGUUCUAAUUUUAUGCAAAUAUGAACUUUAAAAUUACUAUAAAGACACUUCUCUUGAGUGUCCCCCAUGCCACCAUCUACCCACCUUAUCUAAACACAUUGUGAAAUUAGUACAUAAAAUGAUUACGAAAAACUCAAGUGUUAUAAUAAUGAUUUUCGAAAUAAUGUAGGGACUAAGUAAAAAUAUAUCUCGAACAUUUUUACAAUAAUUAAAGAUAUUACGCUUAAAAACUGUCAUUCAUUUCAUGAUUUAUGAUCGACCACUGACAAAAAAUUCUGUAAUCCGUAGUCGGCACUACUGUAUAAACAGAUGAACUUUGUACACACGUAAAUGUGUGUGUAUUUGUUGAAUGCGAUGCGUUCUUUUUUCAAAUAAUUAUAUUUUUGCCAGAGUUAAGUUUAGUUCGAUAAGACGCAGUUUGUGGACAGAUUGUAUGGAAUAGUAAGUAUCACAGUCUAGAGAACAUUUCCUUAUCAGUUGUACAACUUACACGUCUAGAUAAUUGCGCCCCGGUGUUGGACAACUCAUCAUAUCAGCCUUUAACUGUCCACUGCUGAACAUAAGCUUCCCCUUUGGGGGGUUUUGCCAGUAGUUGUCAAGCUUGGCAGGUGGAUUGGUCAGUCAGGAUUCAAAGAUGUUUAACAGGGACGCUGUUGCCCAUCCCUCGCCCUCCCUUAGUUGAUUCUUACGACACCCAUGGGAAAGGAAGGGGUGGCCUAUUCUAUGCCGGGAUCACAUGGCAGUUAGAUAACUAGUUGUUCCUUAUACUGUAGUAGUAUUAUUACUUAUACUGCAACAAAAAAAGACGGAGCAUUUUUUAGACCUACACUUUAUACAGUAUUCGAAUGGAAUGUUCUAAUUUGUUAAUCAAAUGUAAGCCUAGUUCUUGAUUAUAAUUCAAAAUGCCUAGAACUAAAACCAUUAUCAUUAGAUAUAGGUGUUAUAAAUGUACAAAAGUACAAACGGUGUUGGGUGUUGUUAUUUUACAUUAGAAUAUUAUGUAAAAUUUGUAAGUUGUUAUUGGUAUUAAAAAAAUACACAAGAAUUGUUUUGUAUGU